CCCUUUUCAUUUCUCUUGCAAUUUGAGCACUUCUUCAAAUAUACACCAACUUUCUUAUAAAACCAUCUAGUACAUUAAUCUCUUUUCCAUUAGUUAUGGAAGCUAAAUGUGCUUUUCUUCUUGCACUAAUUGCAUGCUUUGAAAUUGUGUGCAUUGAGAGCAGGCCAUUUUGGCCGAAGAACAAAGAAUUGAUCAGCACAAUUGAAGCUAACUCUAAAAGGGAAUUGGGAGAGCAAGGCAGCCAACCCACACCCCAUCACAUUGCUAGUCCCAUGGCAACUGAUCAUGAUUCAAUUUCAGGUACUCAUGCAUCAUAUACAGAUGAUUUUAGACCUACAACACCAGGAAACAGCCCUGGUGUUGGUCAUAAAUUCACAAACACAAACCCAAGCCCUGGUCAUGUAGAAGCUUUUCGACCCACCACACCAGGUCACAGUCCCGGAGUUGGCCAUGCUGUUCACAACUAGAAGCCUCAGCAUCAUCUUCGUAUUUGUGACACCUUGCAUGUGGAGGGAAGGCAUUUGAAGUCCGGGCCGAGCUCAAGGCAUACUGAGAACAUGGUGAUGAGGACUACCAGUCCAAGCACUAAUGAUGAUCACCGUAACGCUAGUGAUGGCCAUGGUUCGGUGCAAGCUGAUCAUGAUCAGCCAAGAAAGGUUGAACAUGUUACUGACGAUUUUCGACCCACGACACCGGGUCACAGUCCGGGCGUUGGUCACUCUAUUAAAAACUGA